CCUCUUAUGCAAAAUAUCCUGGGUAUCAGGAAAUUAACAAUCCCGUGAUGAGUGCUAGCAUAGCAUCGGAAUGACAAAAGCGUCUUUCUUGAGUUGGGCUUAAAACUUUUUCAGCGGUUACUGUCAGCUAACAGUUUAGCUCCGUUGUGGUCUACCGACAUGGGGUUAGCGGCGCCGAAGGCUGUCGGAGGAUGUAUCCUUCCGCACGAACGUUAACAACGGGAUGAAGCCUGUCAUCGGACCUAACGGGAUGCCUUUGAGUUAGCCUCUCUGGAGCCCGAGGUGGGAUUUAUGUGCCACACAAGCUAGCAGGCUAGUUCAUACGCUGUGGCAAGUUAACUACAAGCAACAUUCCGCUGCUGAGGCUGGGAACAGGGAGUUAUGGCGAGGUUGGUGUUGGAGCAACUGUCUGAUUUCGGCGACUAUACUGGCGGUAAAGAGCUGACUGAGAUCUUUAAACUGACCAAUAACGAGCAGUCAAACGUUCGCCUGAGCCCAGAUGGACGUCACAUCCACGUUAUCCUCCGCAAACCUAAGGUCGGUCUCGUGACUUUUGACAAGUAUGAGAGACCCCAGCUGGCCCAGAACCAGAAGAAGCUGGAUUUGAGGUUGACACGAACUGUGCCUAUUGUGGAUGUUUUGUAUUUGGACCAUAGUAAUAGCAGCAGCAGAGCCACAGCAGCUGUGGCGGUGGUUUAUGAGGAUGGAAAAGCUGAGUUUUGGAAGUUCCAGGAGUGCAAAGUUGGCUGGCAUCUUCUGCAAACAUCAGACUUGUGCAACAGCCCCAGAGCAAGAGUGGUGUCUGUCUGUGUCUGUUCCAAUCUUAUCAUCUGGUGUGAGGAGAGGCCACCCUCAGAAAGCUCCCCUGCCCUCAGCUCCACAAGGAAUAUGUUGAGAUACUGUGUUUGCAGACGUGACUUCGAGGUGGAGGAGGGGGCUGUCAGCCUGGGAGGAGUGAAAAUCGCCCUCCACAACAAUCCUAAAUUCACUGUGGUCAGCUCAGGUGAAUAUGUACAUCUUCUUCCUGACUUGAAAGUGAAGCCGCUGUUGAGCAUCUCCAAAUUUUUUCUCUCCUGGUCCCCUCGCCAUGACUCCUUCACAGUCAACACCACAUGUAAAAACACUCCCCUAAAAAAGCUUUCAGCUAAAGAGUCUGACUUUAAGAGGUUGGUGACAGACUGUUUAGGAUAUUUAUUAACUCUUGAACCACCUGAGAUCUACAAUGUCUCUCCUACAACCUGUGGAGGCCUGCUGCUGCUGCUCAGCACAGGCUGGGUGUGUCUUCUGCAGAAAGAUGGGAUGCUGCGGCAGGUAUACAAACUGGCAGACAACUGCUUGGUAACAUUUGGUUCUCACACUAGCCUCUGCAUGUACCAGGAUACCCUUGCGCUGCUAAUAGGGCAAAACCUGCAUCUGAUAGACGUGAACUGUGGCAGAGAGCUGGAAAAGAUCAUGCUGCAGAGAGAGGGGUUAUUAUAUGUAAACCGGGCUGAAAGAAAGACACCUCACCUGCUCUCAGAAACUGGACUUUUUGUGGUAUUGAACAAGGAGACAGACUCCAGAGAUUGUAACUCUAAGAUGAAGCCUUCCGGUUUCAGUAUGGUGGAGAGUAUUCAUCCUGGAGCCCUCCUGGUAGAGGCUGUCUUUGAGGAAGCCUGUAAAUACUACCAGCAGAGAAGCCUGAGCAGCACCCAGCUCACUGUGGACACGCUGAAGAAAGGAGGUAGGUUCCAGGCUCCCAUCUCUUUAGCCUCCAUCCUCAGGAACUACCUCAGUGCAGGGUCGAGGCAGAAAGGAGCAGAGCUGUCCCAGAAUGGAGGAGAUGGAUGUACAGCAGGCCAAGACAAGCUAAUGGGCUCUCUGGAAGCUGAGCUCAAGGCUUUGGUUUCUCUGGAAGAGGUGAAGGGCAGUUUAGUGAGGGGAAGUGUUAAAGAGGUUGAGGCAAUGUGUGAGAAUCUAGUUGAGAAAGAAGUAGCCAGGCUGCUGUCAUCCUCAGAGCUGGAUAAAGAGGCUCUGCUUUACCUCAACUCUAUCUUCAGCAUCUUCCCCUCCCAGGUGUGGAGGGCGGCGCAGGCUGCCCUUCAGCUACACUACAACGGGGAGGGCUCUCUGUCCAGCAGGGCUCCCCCAGACGUGUGGAAAACUGUCCUCAGUCCUGCUCUGACACCCAGCACCCCAGCCUCCCUCCAAUUCACAAACGGCAGGCCACAACACAAUCAUAGCCUCAAAGCUGAUCACAUUGCUAACUGUAAAGCCAAACCUGCAAGCUCCACUUCCCCAGCUGCCCUGCCUGUGUUUGAGCUCCUCUGCCAAUCAGUUUUCCACUUCCAGCCCAGCUGGUUGCCCAGUUUCCUCGAGCUCGCUCAGCAGCAGCAGGGCUCCGCUGGCCUCGGCCUGAGCCUGGCCUCUUCCUCCUGGAGCUUCUCCGGUGGGCGAGGAGGGGAGGGCGGGGAGAACAACGUGCCACUCUAUAAACGUGCCCUAUGCGUCUUGUCCAGCCUGAGCCCAGACAGAGACCAGUACCAGGACUUGGAGGUUGAGCUGCUUCUGGUUUGUGGGCGACCCAACGCCAUCCUCCAGGCACUGAGGAUCCUCAUGGCCAAGCAGCAGUGGGAGCGGGUCACCCAGGUGGCCCAGAAGUUCUGCAAGCAGAGUCCGCUGCUCAACAAGGAGAUUUUCACUACUCUGUUGUGUGAAGUGGCCCAGCACAGAGACCUGGACCCUUACCUGGACCUGCUGUGGGUGCUGUGCCCAGAGGACCUCACUGUUACCACUAUUCUCAACUUGGUGCUCAAAAACCUCCCUUCCCCUAACUCUUCUUCCUCCUCCAUGUCCAGUACAACCUCCUCAUCCCCUGCUCCCUUUGCAGACUCACAGAGCAGCCAGUUGACCAUCGGACUGUUGAAACCUCUGCUGAGAAAAGUCCUUCAGAGGGAGACUAAGCCUAGCCAGUGUUAUGCUGACAUCCUCCAGUCACCAUCAUACCCCCCUCCUGCACCUCCUCGCCAGCCCGCAGAGCAGCCCAGGGCUGUCACAGAUCCCAGCACAGACUCUGCUCUAGGUAGCAACAUUGCCCCGGCUCUUCUUGCAGAAACACCUGAACAGCAGUCAUCCACACACACAAAUGUCUCAAGAGCCAGGGUGGCACUACCUGCUAACCCAGUCUGAUUUACAUAAAAAUGAACACACCUAAAAUGGAGAACAAAACUUGUCUCAUAAAACAUUCCACACAUAAUCUGACUAAACUGUCAAGCAGCGUGUGUUGACAAUCAAAUUAAAACAGAAUAAUAUCAGUAUGUUACAGGUAUCAUUAGUGAAAUGCAGUUAAUUGUGAUAUUUGAUUGUGUUUUUAAAAAGAUUGGUAAUGUCAGAUGAAGUAUGACUACUAGAAACUAUGAAAUGACUACUAAAGAUCUUACUAGUGUAAAUACUGCAGGUAAUUUUAAGUCUUAAUGUGUAUAUACUGUAUCUGCAAUGUUAUUUAUCUCUUAAGCCUUAACUGCAUGUGGAUGAAAAUGUUAUUGCAUAGUCUUGCAUAGUCAUCAAUAAAUGAUAAUAUAUCAAAGCCACUAACUCCCAUUUUUGGGGUUUAUCAUAUCUGUGUUUAGAAUAUUCUUUGUUUUGGCCUUUAAAGUAGCUGAUGUCUGCUAAUUGUAGCCAAAUAUAACUGCCUUUAUCGUGUUGAUGUCAAAGUGUGUUCAUGCUGUGGGUAAUCUACUGAGUGUUAUCCAAACAAGCAGGCCUUUGUGUUUGAAUGUUUGUUUUAAGUAUGGUAUGGUUUGGGGGGGGAGUCCAAGGUUCCUUUACUGACUUCUAGUUUUGUACUUAACAUAUUAUAAGUGCUUAAACGUUAACCUGUUUUCGGUGGGCUCAAACAGAACAUGUAACCCAAACCCAAAACAGUCUGCCUGUUUGGCUUUUGCUUCCAUUUUUCCUUUCCUUGUCAUCCAUUUGUCUCUCCAGAGACCAUCUUGUCCACUCUGCUCCCUCGCAGCACAACUCACAGGACAUUCCCGACAGAAUACCCAGUAAACUCACAGACUCACAGUUCGACUUUAAAUUCAAUUUUGGACGUAAUUCUGUUAGGAUUCGAGUGUGGGUUGGGCACGUUGUGACUAACUUGCUGCUGCUUGCAUAAGGUCAUGCACGUCCUCCUUCAUGGACCGAGUGAGGGUAAUAUUAUUAGAGAUGUUAGGACCUCUGUCUUCUUGCUCCUCUUAGUUUUCUCCAUGCUCUGGGGUGAUAUAAAAGUGCAAUCAGUUUCACUCAGUAUUGUUUGUACCAUGCUUUUGGUGCAUCUGUUGAAAUGAAUGUUUUCUGAUUAAGUGCUGCAAACAAAAGUAUAUUUAAGUGCCUAUUGUCUUUGAUGCCUAUGUUAAUGCCUAUUGUCUAUUAGAUUUUUUUAGUCAAAGGAAGUGUUUUUUGUAUGUAACUGUGGAGCCCUCCAAAACAAAAUGUUAUUAAUUUUGUAGCAAUCUUUGGAAGACUACUAGAAUGAUAACCCUAGGCCCUGCAUGGGUGAGGUACUGACAGAGAAACUAAGUGACAGUCAGACUGUAAAAUGCUGCAGAACAAUCAGAGUGCCUUUCACAGCUGCUCUUCAUUUACAGGGUAGUGUCACAUUCCUGCUGCGUCUCCUCAGCUUCACUGAGAACGAAGUGGAGGUCGAUCAAAGGAUCUGUUCUCUGUUCUCUGAGUACAGUGUUUUGGGUUUUUCUCGGCCUCUACAGUCAAAGGCUGUAUUUAUGACAUUUUAAUUUCAAUAUGAAUCCUGCUGAUUUCUUACUCUGGCCUGAUGUAUGGUGUAUUAAUAGUGUCAUUCCAAGCUCUGUACACUUUGACAAGCAUGAACAAAAAUCUGUGCAAACGAUUUCAGUUCAGUACCGUGAGUUUCGCUGUGUACCAGACAUGUUUCAGCCCAUCUGCGAGUCACUGGGAACUCCCUGACUUCCCCAGACAGGCUACUCAGCCUGAUGUUAUGACUGUUCAGAUGUUAAAUAUUAAUUUGCCUUAAACUUUUCUUAUGGUUUUUCUUAACAAAUAGGAAUUCCUCCUGGAUUUGCUUGGCAAAGUUUAGAUGGUUACUGUGUUCACUUUUGGUGACGCUCUCCUUUAUGCGGUAUUUGAAAAAAGAAAAUGUAUACAAGUAUUUAUGAACGGAUGCUGUAUGCUAUUAAACUGAAGAUAAUGCUUCUG